AUAAGAUCCACGAACCACCAAGUCUAAUGCUGUCUCAUCACACCCUCGUUUUAAACCAGCUCUGCUUUCAACUUUAACAGCUUUCUUCCUUUCCCAAAUUCCAUGGCACUUCCCAUUUCAAAGCAGAAAAGCCACAGCCUGCAAAUGGAAAAACAGAUAAUUGUUGAUCCCAUAUCCUUGAGAGAAUCAAUAUCAUCGUCAUCAUCCAUGGGAGAAACAAGUUUCAACAUGAUGUUACCUCCCAUCGACGCUCCUCAACCCGAUUCCGCCGUCCCUCAUCCCCUGCUCCCUCCCAACCCCAACUUCUUCACUUCUACCGUUCUAACGCCUGCAACCUCAUCUCCUCGGUUCCGCUCACUUCUGUCGUGGAAGAACUUGAAAAGUCGAAGUCAUGAAUCUCCUCGACAGGUCGACCACGAGGUGGUUGAUGACGUCCGUCACCAUGGUCAAGCCAACGACGAUGGUUGCCGAAACAGCAUCAACUUCAAAUGCAGUGGCCUCUGCUUGUUCCUUCCAGGAUUGGGUAAAGCAAAGGCAGUGAGGCCAAGAAUGAGAGAAACCAUUGGCAUUGAGAAUGAUCAUGUGACAUCAACAAGAGUUUCCCUGGAAAAAUUCGAAUGCGGGUCCUGGGCUUCAUCAACUUUGAUACCCGACCACCAUGAAGAUGUUGAUGGAGACUGCGUCAUGAAUCACUACUUUGAUAUGCCAUUGGAGUUGAUCCAAAAUCUCGGCAACGAUGCCGAUUUACCUGUUUCCGCUGCUUUUGUGUUCCAUAAUAAAGAUAUAAAAGCAUUUUCGAAAUAUGAUUCAACUCCCACAGCAGCAACAGGCAGGAAAUCGUACGAUUCAGCUCACGGUUUCAGGUUCUCUACGGGCAGAGAUUACGAUGAAUCAUUGUUCAGUCGAGCUUAAGGUUUUUUUUUUUAGCACGUAAUGUUUGAUUUGAAUAAAAGGAAGGCUUUACCCAUAUAUGAUGAGAUUUCUAAAAUCAUGUUAGCAAAA